GGAGCCGCCGGAAGCAGCAGGGGCAGGCCGCUUCCACACAGUCCCGGAGGCGCUGCCGACGCCGUUUGCUGGCCGCUGGGCCUCGCCGUUGCUUGGCCCUGGACAUCCAGUCCCGGAGCCAGGAAGGAUGUGGAGGCUUUAGAGAGGGUACAAAAGAGGUUCACCGGGAUGCUGCCUGGAUUAGAAGCCAUACAGAGUUAUCUCAGCAUUUUAUGUCCUUCAAAAUUCAAUCGUUUCCUUUGGAGUGAGCCCUCGGAAUUCCGGUUUUCCAAGAUUUUCUUCGGCUUUGGGACUGGAGCAAUGUUUAGUAUUGGUUUCUACUUCCUCGUCGUGGACCGGCUUGACCUUUAUGAGGCCCACAAGGUUUAUAUUCUGUAUGGAUUGUCCAGUGUCAUGGGGUUAGGCUGGAGCAUCUCGGCGUACUACCGGUGUGCCGUUCUGAUCAUGUUGCCGAACUUGCUGGGUGGGGAAGGUCGUGGGAUCCUGCUCCUGCUUCUCAUCAGCACCAUCAUGGAAGGGCCCGUGUCGAACAUCGAGAAGAACAUCGAGGUGGUGAGUGAGUCGGUGGGCUGCACCGUCGAGCUUCAGGUUAACCACACCAAGCUGCUGUGGAAGUUGAUGCUCCAUCCCUUGAAGAACAUUAUCCUCAACAUGAUGGAUGACAGCCGGAAAUUUGGCAAAGGCACCACGCAGGUAAAAAACUCUUUCAAUGAAGUCAAUAAUCAGAUCAUCUCAAAGGAGGGCUAUGAUUUCUCCAAGGAGCAGAGUGACAAGGAAAGGAACCUCACCACACAGAAGCUCUUCGAGCAGAAGACAAAGAUGCGGUGUGAAUCCAUUGUUAAAAAAGGGAUCCGGCGUUGCAAGAUGUGGUUCGAUCAGAAACACGUCGCGUGCCUCAACAAAAUACCUAUCCCGAUCUUCAAUCACCUCUUCUGCGUCCCGAUGGUAUUCGAUUUUAUGUGUAACAUUAUGAAAGUGAUGACCCCCUGGUGCAAGGACCGGAUCCCAGUGGACUCUAACUUUGGCCAACUCUAUGAUAAAGUUAAUGGCUCCGUGGAGAACCUAAACCAGGACUUCACUGCGGAAAUGACUGUCAAUAAAGUAGAGCAGGAGUCGAUACUUGGAGCCAAUGUUACCAGGGCUGAAAUUACUCAGACCGUGCAUGAAGAGCUGUUGAAGAAAAGAACCCUCUUGGAGAAAUUCACUUUCGUGAUCAAGCUACUGAUAUCGCUCUCCUUCUUCAUCCUCUUUAUCUCAGCCUUUCUGUACACCUAUAACUUCAACAAGGACACCCGUUAUGACAAUAUUUACAUCGGUACGUACUUUCGACAGAUCGAUGCCAGGCGCAGGAUCAUGGAUCGGAGAUACCUGCUGCCUUUGAGGAAGGCGGAAAAACGUGAUCUGAUAUUCCCCUGGCAACUGAAAUUCCACCAGGUAGAGUUGAGAACCCUGGUGAUAGGAAUUGUACAGCAUAUUCCGGUAAUCCUGGUUCUGAUCAUGCUCUUUGUCCUUGACUGGCUGCUGUUCACAAUGUUGGACAUCAUUCAGAGGCACAGUUACUUGGAAUACAACUUCAGUGAGAGCCACCAUCUGGAGAUCACGGUUCGUGGGACCUCCAACCUGGCCAACCUAAUCCGCAGAGCUGUAGCCGCCUUCAACACCACCACCGACAUCCAGACAACGUCCAACAACUUGCACUGUCUUCCCAAGCCACACAAGAUGACGCGGUCCAGUAUGCUCCUCACCUUACUUCCCAUGGCCGGGAUGAUCCUCUUCUGCUUUCUGCAGGUCUACAGCUACCGACUGCGCAGAGUUAUUGCCGCUUUCUGCUUUCCCAAGCGUGAGAAGAAGCGAGUACUGUUCCUCUAUAAUGAGUGGCUGCGUAAGCGGAUCACGUAUGCUGAGACCCAACGCAAAAAAAUCAUUAUGCUGGCCCGCAAGAAGCAGCUACGGCAAGUGAGUGUGUUCGCUGGGACCCUGCACCGCUUGUUCCCCUUCCUGCAGAGGUUCAUCCGCAAGCGGUGUCUGGUAUGCAACGAGGGCCCCACGAACACCUCCUAUCACUGCCCCAACCUGGGCUGCGGGGCCAUGUACUGCUGGAUCUGCUGGAAGGACGUCAGGCGCUUCUGUUUUAACUGCCUGCCCUUCGAGGAUUUUGUCUCUGAGGGCAGUGACGUUGAGAACAACCCUACCUAUGCCAGCUGAACCAGAGAUAAUGAAGAGUCUGCCCCUACCCCUUACCCUUUCCCACUGCCUUUACCCAGCCCCAGUCCCACAAGGAUCAAGAUAGGGGGUGGGGGGGCACUUAAACUCAUCAGAUCUCUCACAGAACUCGUCUGCAGGAUAUCUUUCUUCCCAGCUUUCCUUCUCUGUCCUAGGGUAAAGAUUUCCACAAGUUACUUCCAAAUCCCCUUUCCUGCCCCUUCUCUCACCAUCCAGCUUCUGGCCCAUCGCUCCAGGUGUCACCUCCCUAGACCUCUCUGCUUUUGGGCAUCCCUCUCUGAAGUGGCUGCUCACCCCUUCGAGUAUCGAUGUACUCGGUCAAAAUCCACCUGGUUCUGCUUGUGUGGCAUUCACAGUGAAGGACAUGCGGCAGAUUUUCCGAAACUGCUCUGCCCUGUUUACUCACACCUUACCUCCCUCAGCUCCUUAACAGAGGCUUUUUCUGAUAGGUUUAAUAUUCACUGAGAACCUGUGAGGGAUGACCUUUAUCAGAAUUUGUCUAGUACAGACUGAGGAGGUCUUGACCAGUGCAAAUGAUAAAACUCACCAAGGCAUCCAGGCCUGAAGAGUAGGAAAUCGGGUCUUCCAUUGGGUUCCAAGGCCUGUAGUGCAAAACCUACUGGAGCCCAUCUUCCGAAGUGGAACUCUCCACCCUGUUUUAUUUUUGUUCCCGUUAGACUGUGUAGACGUUUGUGGGCAGGUCACUUGAGAAGUUAUGAGGGAUGGGCAAAACCAGGUAGGAAUUAAACUUCAGGGUGUUGGAACUGACUCUUAUUGGGAAUGGGGCCUGGGAAGAUGGGCUGGGGUCCAAGGUGUAGGAUGUUUUGGUGACUCAUACAGACCAGGGGAAUGGGCUCUGGUAGGAUUGGUUAUUCAUGGUAAUAUGGGGAAUGGAGCCUGGAGAAUGAUAUGAAUUGGUUCCUCAUAGCAACUGAUGGAUUGGAUACUUAGAGCAACCAGAGGAUAGGGGCCUGGCAGGAUGGAAUAAAUUAGUUACCCACAGUAAACAGGAGGGUGGGAUUGGGAGGAUGGGAUAAAUUAGUUACCCACAGUAAACAGGAGGAUGGGAUAGAUUAGUUACCCAUAUUAGACAGGAUACUGGGGACUGGGAGGAUGGAAUAAAUUAGUUACCCACAGUAAACAGGAGACUGGGGACUGGGAGGAUGGGAUAAAUUAGUUACCCACAGUAAACAGGAGGAUGGGAUAGAUUAGUUACCCAUAUUAGACAGGAUACUGGGGACUGGGAGGAUGGAAUAAAUUAGUUACCCACAGUAAACAGGAGACUGGGGACUGGGAGGAUGGGAUAAAUUAGUUACCCACAGUAAACAGGAGGAUGGGAUAGAUUAGUUACCCAUAUUAGACAGGAUACUGGGGACUGGGAGGAUGGAAUAAAUUAGUUACCCACAGUAAACAGGAGACUGGGGACUGGGAGGAUGGGAUAGUUUAGUUACCCACAGUAAACAGGAGACUGGGGACUGGGAAGAUUGGAUGGACUGACUAUGCACAGCAACUGGGAGAAUAGUGCCUUAGAGGAUGGGAUGUAUUCACAGAGCACAAAUCCUGGGGCCUUAUCAAGCAGGGAUAGAGAGAUUGAUGCACAUGAGGAUUUUGUCACCAUCGUCGUAUCCCAAACCAACUCCCGAGAGAGCGUAUUAAACCAAUGAAGACCUGGAAUUGAAAGAACAAACAAUGGGUCAAUGGGAAGAGAUGGGGAACUUGGACAUGCGGCCUAGGAGAGUGGGGAGCCCCAGUUACCAAUGGCAACCAUGGGAAAGAUGGCCUGGGAGUGCAGGAAGGAGCAUUUACUUGGGCCGUACAAGCAGAAGCAGGCACCGAUCCAUCUCAGUCUCUAUCUAAAUCCAUAAAGCAUGUUUCAGUAGACAUGGAGGUGCAGGAAAGUCCAGGGUUCCAUGAAAUGCAGUCACAUACACUCUCCAUCACUGAGAAGGCCAUCAGUCAAAGGGAGAGGUGGACCAUGAUUGGGGGAAGGACCAGGAGUUUCUCCAAAAUCGGACAGGAAAGUUUCAACAAACUUACAGAAAAGGCCUCCAAGAAAUUGCAUCCAAACUUCAUGCUUCCUGAUCUACUGACAUCAAGUGGUCUCCACCUCCCACCACCUGAUACCCACAAGGGGACUCGAGACACGGAAGUGUGUCCCACCCCCCACUGACAUCCUUGUCACCCAUCGUUGUGUGAUCUUCACAAAACAAAUGGGCAAAGUUACAGCCAAUCCUAGUGACCCUCCAGGGGUGGCAGGGUGGAGUCAUCCUCCCCUCCCCACACACCCACCACCCCCCACCCCCCACCCCAUCACUGUUCAAUGUCAGUAAAUAAACCAAUGGAUUGU